CUUGGCAUCCCUGAAGAGUUAAUCAAAUCCAAAACAAAGCAGUUCAUUUGGUUUCAUUGUAAACAUUAGAAAUGCAGUGAUCAUCGAACAAAUUUGGUAAAAUGACAGUGACCAAUCGACGAAUUCCACGACUUUCCCAUCAUCGAGCCCAUUUACACCAUCCGCAACAGUUUCACCAACCGGCUGGUGUCGGAGGUGGCGGUAUAAAUGGGCCAGGAGCAAACAUCGGUGUAAACGGCGAUGAGCUGCCACUCGCCGGGGCCACUGUUUUCAAUGGCGAUGAAGAUGGACAGUUCAGCUUUGGAACACCUUUUCCAAAGCAUGUUCCGUUCCCCAAUGUAGAGCACAGUUCGGAGCUGGUGAAUGAGUUUCUUAUUUUCGGAUUUACUAUCAUCGCUAGUGCGACGCAGUUUCUGCAUUUAUACCGAACGGUUUGGUGGCUACCGCAUUCAUAUACUCGACAAGCCGUGAACUUUUAUUUAAUUGAUUGGGAUUUGGCAAUUUUCAUCUACGUUAUGGCCAGUCGACGCUUAUUGUACUGUUGCAUACUCAAACUAAUUGAUCUCAAUUGUCCGGAAUCGUACGUGGAAAUAAGCAAGAAAAUUGCAAAGUAUAUAUUUUUAGCUUGCGUCAUGAUUUCAUUCGUUGGUUGCGGUAUCCAAAUUUUCCAAAAAAACAGUUACCUUUAUCUGUUUUGUUUGUCAUACCCGUUUGUGCUCUACCUGACCAUUUUUGGGUUUAACUUGGAGCAGUUUCUACGCACAAUCGUUGACACAGAAGUGAAUUGCAUCAACGGAAUGCCGGUGCACAGUUGUUCCUCGAAUGCAAUUGCAGUUCGGUCAGAAAUCGAUGCACUGAAGACGGAUUUUAAUAAUCGGUUCAAGCAAAUUAUUUUUACCUCUGUGUUGAAUGCUUACUAUUCGGGUUUCGUACCGUGUGUUUUAGUUCCAAAGCAUCUUUAUUACGAUAUAUUUUGGGCGACACAGCAUCUAGGAUUUAUUUUUAUCGGAGGUUUUACAAUGUGCGUUGCCUAUUGCUUUCCCGUUAAGUACUGUGACGUAUUCCAUCGCGCCGCACUACAUUUAGGACAGUGGAACCGGAUGACUCAUCGAACGCAUCAUCCACCGCCGUAUGCCUGGUCCAAAACUACGAUUUUUCCCUAUGGUGCAUAUGUAAAACACAUGGGAGAAAUCUACAGGGCAUCCGGAUACUGCACUUCGGCCAUUCCGGCUAAUAACAGUCAUAUACGGUUUUACACCAUAUUCAAGAACCCUGCGCUAAUUUACAUGGUCCUGUUUGGCGUUCAAGUUGGACUGGUGGCCCUUCAGUUGCUGAUUCUGUGUUUGUCACGCGAGUGGCACAAUCUGAUAUCGUUAUGCUUUCUAUUGUUAGCGAAUUAUUUUACAUUGUUCAAAAUAUCUCGUGAUUACAUGAUCGCAAAGCGAAUAUACGCCGGCGAAAACGGAUUUAACGACAAAUUCAAAACGCAGUAAUAUAAUAAAAAUAUUUAUUUGCUAAUAAUAACUAUAA